AGCAAAACCUAUUUGUUAAGUCAUUCAUACCACCAGAAAAAGGCGUCUGCUGUGAAACACAUAGCGUUUCUAGUUCGUUUAAUAAAUUGCGAUAUACAUACUGUCGUUAAAGAAAAAUGCUUUUUAACACUACCUGAACAUCAACGAAACUCGUUUUCAUGUGAAAAUAAUUUACAAAAUAGGCAGAAAAAUACAUGAAUGAAAGGUGUUUGAAAUUAGUACCUGUACAGGUGUUAAUCAUUUUUAUUUGCAUUUUCCAUUAGGUAAGCAAGUGAGACAAAUACCAGACAGAUACUCUGCUAUACUACGAUGGAAUUACAGAAACAAAAUGUAAAUGUUUUAACUAUGGACAUAAUAUUGGACUUGGAAACGGUAUAAAAACCGGAAUUUAAAUUACCUGUACAAUUGAAUUAAUUUUAAUGAAAAUGAAUAUAUCAUAAAUCAACAAGUAAAUCAAUAACUAAAUAAAUGAUUUAAACGGAAAAGUUGACAGAACAAUUUUAAAAUUAAAAUAAUGAGUUUGAACAAUUCGAAUUUUAGAAAAGUCUUAUCUGGAAUUUUAGAUGAGACAAAUGACACGGAAGAGGCUGACAUCACCGCCGUUCAAGCUACGGAUCCGAGCACCGUUAUUUACCUCACACUUUUGUUCUUCGUUAUCGGUGUUAUAGGGAUUCUCGGGAACAUGCUCGUCAUUUUUGCGGUGAUCUGUAGUAAAAAAAUGAGGACGUCAAUGACUAAUUUACUGAUCACUAAUUUAGCAUUCGCUGACCUGUUGAUCAUGGUACUUGGUAUUCCUGAAAUCUUUCAGUUCAUGAUGAAUAAAGGAUGGACUUUUGAUGACCUGGUAUGUCGUAUAAACCGUUACGUGCUGGUGACGUCAUUGUAUGGUUCGGUUUUGACGCUUAUUUCUCUGUGUGUUGAACGGUAUAUAGCCAUCAUCCAUCCAAUUAAAGCACACAUUCUUUGUAACCGCCGACGGAUCGUCGUCGUCUUGGGUUGUAUCUGGCCGUUUGCGUGGCUUGCAGGGUUACCGACACUUUUCUUCAAUCAAGUCAGACAGGGACACCCUACCCAUCCACAUUCUAAAAUAAAAUACUGCAUGAUAUUAUUCCCGGAUAACCCUGAUUUGUAUUAUAUGUUGUUCAAAAUUAUUGAAGCGGUGAUGUUCUACUUUCUUCCUUUGUCCAUUCAGUUAACGCUAUACGCUUUCGUAAGCAAACAUUUGUUUAUCGGCUCUGAUAGACUACACCGCACGUACACUGUGAGAGAUCGAAACGGAACAUCGAUGGAACGCUACUCCGAGGCCAUACAAGCUCGCAAAGGAGUCGUAAAAAUGCUUAUGGCAAGUGUAAUUGUUUAUUUUCUCAGUUAUUCGCCAAAUCAGGUUCUACUUAUAUGGAAUACCGUGAGACCAAAGUCAUUUCAUGAAAACUGGUCAUUUCUUGUGUUCACCAUGAUCGUUGCUUACAUAAAUUCAGCAGCCAAUCCAAUUUUGUACAGCAUAUUUAGUCAGAACUUUAGGGAGUGUUUUAGAGAUAUUCUUUGUCGAUGUUGUCCAAAACAACCCCAGCGCCGGCGGACGCUGCGCACCGGAAGUACACCAAGCACAUACAAUACAUACAGCACAACCUCCCGGUACUGGAGACAUACGUCUUUGGCGUCAGCUGUCACUGACGUUUAAGCCAGUCAUGCAUAAAAAUAAAGUAACAGAUGAAAUAUUAAACGGCAUCGCAUUUAUGAACUUAAGAAAUAAUUACCUCUUUCAGAUUUCAAAUGCAAAUAUAUGAAACUUUAUGUUCUUAAAACGAGAGCAUACCCGACUUUCUUCUUUAAAUAGUUCUAAUCGACAAUCAAAGGCGGUGACCCAUGUAAAAUUUGCGUCUUUACGAUUGAGGAGCAGCUCUUUCUUGUAAGUCUUGUAAGUUUAUUCACUUUAAAACCCCUUGACUAUUGGCAGAUGCUAUGAAAGUUGAAUAUAUAGGUUAUGCAGGAAAAUCAGAUAACCUACCAGCGCUACUGGAUUGUUAACCACUUCGCAGAGGUGGAGGACAGCUAACCUACGAAAUUACAUUUGUCGCAGAGAACUAGUGGGGUACGGAUUAUCAACACUUUUGUAAAUUGAGUUUCUUUGUAGACAAAGUGAACAUAGAACAUAUGGUCUAAUUUGCAUUUUUUUUCGGAAAGUUCCAAUAUUCUAACAUUUUAUGCUUGUUGUAAGAUUUUGUUUAGUUUCUGUCGUAGUGAAUGUAUAAUAAAAAUUGAAACAUGUUUGAAACCACCCGCUCUUUGUUAACAACCAACAAUAAAGUACUAGUAUUACACAAGUCAGCCUUGAAAAGAAUGAAUUUAUGCUUCUAAAUACUAAUUAGCAAUCAAGAAACGAAAUAAAUUUUGUUGUCAUUCCAAAUGUUUGUGUAUUCCAUAACGUUUUAUGUCAUUCAGUGCAGAUAUGUAUUCGACGAAAUUUUAUGUCAUUCAGUGCUGGUAUGUUACUAAGGACUCACGAAUUCUGUCUUCAAAUCAGGACUAUCGUCUGACAAUUUUUUCCUAAACAGAACAUAAUAUCUAUUUAAGCGAUAGCAAUGGGAAUUAUUUUUGUCUCAUGAUCUAACCUAAUUGGAAAAGAGUUCCGUUCGGUCUGUGGACCUAAUCAUGGUAAUAAUUAAGAUAAUUUGGAAGAUCCAAAAUUACGUAUUUAAAGGAAAUUAUUUGAACAAUAAUAUCAUAAAGUGCUGCUAUGCCAAUAAAAAGAUGAAUGGUUUGUUUCUGAUAAAUGCCCCGGUUUUGCACUUCUAUAACGGUUCGUAAAAAGAUCCUAAUUAUUAUAAAGCUUUCCUGAGCACAGAAAAAAGAUACUGUGUUUGAUUGUCUUUACCUUUAAGUGUUUAUCUGCUCUACUGACCUUAUCUAGCUUUUAUUUAUUAGGUCUGUAGACUGGCUUGGCUAGGUGCGACAAAGAGUGCAUAAUGAAAAUCCUGAAGCGGCUACUUCUUCUCCAUUCUUUCCCAUGUUGAAACUAGAACAUUCUAGUGUUAUUCUUAUAUUUUCCUACCGUUUCCGCAUGUUAUUAUCAUUUCCAAUUACAGUGUUAUUAUCAACAACCACACUAUACAAAAUGGUAUAUACAUGUACCAGGUUGUACACUGGCGCACCGCGUUUGGGCGAACUGAAAUCAGCACAAUUCUAAAAUCCAUAAGAUCCUUCAGACGCAUAAAACGCAAAUAUCAAAAUAAAUUUAGCUUAGUUGUGUGGUGUAACAGUUCCUAAAGUUCACUCUACUAGCUAUCAGCAACGACAACUCUGUUCUCUAUGAUAACUACUGUUUAAUAUUGUACUAAGUUCUAAGAUAAUAUAUACAUCAAUGUCUUUCUUCAUAAUUCUCUAACAUAAACUCUGUUAUUUCAAAUAAUCUCUGAACUUUAACAGUAGUACUUCAUCGUUAAUUGCCUCAGUUCUAAUCUAACUAAUUCAUUUUGCGAGUAUCGAACAUACGCAUCUAACCCUACUGAGUACCAGAAUGAUACUGAAGUUUUGUCUCAAAACUUCUGCUUAUGAAAGAAAUGAUUCGUGACUCGAGCCAUGCGGCGUGAUCAAAAGACCGGGUGUUUAUAAUUACCCUGUCAUUUAUCCAGUUAGUCAGUUGUUAAAACGUUAUAAGAGCUGUGAUUAUGAAAACAAUGUAUCUGA